AUGACCCGUCAAUACAAUUCAAUAGCUGGAGGUGAGGUUGAGCCUUUUCUUGGAGACGUGGCAACGGAAACGAACACAAAUGACUGCAACAUGGGUCGAAGGGACUCAGUAAGUUCUCACAUCGAAAGAAUGCGAAGCAAUAGCAUAAAGAGCAUCAGAAGCACAAUUGAGAUCGUGAGAGAGCAUGUCGAUAAAAAGAAGUUUGCGUUACUGAUCUUUUCCAGUUUCCUCCUUUAUAUUGGAUUCAUUUGUGUCUUUGCGCCAAGAACUUCACUGGCAAGAGAUUUAAGAAGGAUACAUUCAUCGCAUUUGACAGAAAGUGAGAUUUUUCGAAUAUACUUAAACGAACUAGCUGAUAAGAAUCUAGCUGGGCAGCAUGUUCGAAACUACACAAGCCAUCCUCAUGAGAUUGGGGAUAAGGAGACUUUGGAGUACACUGUCUCUCAACUUCGAUCGAUGGGAUUCGAGCCUAAAUUAGAGAAAUAUUACCCAUGGGUUAACAAAUACGGCAAUACAGAAGUGCAUUUGUUUAAUGAAAGUGACAUUAUAUUCAGUGCCACAAUGUUGGAGGACUGUCUUCGGGAAGAUCCGACUACCUGUCGUAAAGAUAAUGCUCGUGGGUACCAUGGAUAUUCUGCCAAUGGCACUGUCGAAGCACAAUAUAUCUUUGGUAAUUACGGGACUUUGGAGGAUUACAAAAGACUAUUGGAUAACGAAAUCGAUAUCGAAGGUAAAAUCCAUAUUAUACGUUAUGGAGAAAUGUGUCCCGGUUUGAAAGUGAAGAAUGCAGAAUUAUAUGGAGCUUCGGGAGUGAUUAUGUACAGUGAUUCUUACGAAGAUGGUUACAUUACUCAGGCGAAUGGAUUUGAGGCGUAUCCGAAGGGGCCAGCGAGACAUCAAAGUAGCAUUGAGAGAGCAUCUGUAGGGUUUUUCUCAGAUUUUCUAGGUGAUCCAACCACGCCAAAUUAUGCUUCCAAAUAUCCUUACACCGAAAGACUCUCCCCUUCGGGAAGGCUGCCAUCAAUCCCUUCAGUUCCAUUAAGUGCCAAAGAAGUGGCACCAUUGUUGAGCAAAUUGAAUGGUAGAGGUGUUAAUAUGCUACCUGGAGGUAAUAUAGAGGGAUUCAAUUAUUUUAGUGGACCCUCUAGUGAGGAUAUCAAAGCUAAAAUAGUCAAUGACCAGAAAUACAAAAUCGUGGAGAUGACAAAUGUCGUUGUUGAUAUUCCAGGUAUAUUUUCUGAGUAUGAUGUCAUAAUUGGAAACUCAAGAGACUCUUGGACUUCUGGUGGUGCCGGUUCUCCGAACAGUGGAAGUUCUAUCCUAUUAGAAAUUGCUCGUGGUAUGAAAUCACUUUUAAGGCAAGGGUGGAAACCGUUAAGACCAAUAAAAUUGAUAAGUUGGGAUGGAGGUGCGCACGGCAAUUUGGGCUCUACCGAAUAUGUGGAGGAUCACUCUCAACUAUUGAAAAGGAACGCUCUAGCCUAUUUAAAUCUUGAGUCAGCUAUCACUGGGUCUGAGUUCAAUUCUCAAGCGAAUCCUUUGUUGCACGAAGUGAUCCGUAGAGCGGCAAAAGCCACACAAUACAAGGGUGAAGAUAAUUGGACUCUGUUUGAUGAAUGGGAUAAAUCAUCAGGUUCGAGGAUUGAUCCAAUAGAUGGCAUAUCAGAUUGUUCUUCCUUUCAAUUCAACAUGGGUAUUCCUUCGGCACAAUUUCAGUUUAGAAAUAAUGGUAAAACUGAUGCUGUUCAUCAAUUACAUUCAAGUUUUGACUCCUACACCUGGAUGGAAACUUUUGUAGAUAAGAACUAUCAAAUGCAUAACACUCUGGCUGUUCUAGUUGGCAUGACUUCUUUGAUGUUGAGUGAAAAGGAGCCAACAGUCUUCACAAUGGGCCCUUAUUUUGAAGGAAUACUCGAAAAUUACAAUCAGUUGCAUGAAAGCCUACUGCAAGCUUUCCCUAAAGAUAAAGAAGUGCAUAACCUGGCUGAAAAAGUCUCGAAAGUCUUAUCUUACCUAAGAAGCGUUUCUUCGUCAUUCGAUACAGAAGUUUUAGCAUUGAGUCAGUUAUGUACUCAAGACUUUCCCGCCUGGCAAAUCUACAAGAAAUUCAAAAUAUAUAUUAAACUGACCCGAAUUAACAGGAAAUUAAAACAGAUUGACCAGUUCUUUCUCACCCAGAAAGGAUUGAAUGGUAGACGUUCAAUGAGGCAUUCCAUAUUUGCCCCAAAUAAAUGGAGAGGCGACAAGGUGGAUGUCUUACCUGGUCUGCACGAAGCAAUAUGCGAGAGGGACCGCCCUAGUUUAUUGCUAUGGUUGAAGACUUUGCAAACGCAGUGCGGCAAUUUGGAAUCCCUUCUUCAAUAG